CCCGCCCCGGUACAGCCCCUCCUCCCCGCUGUGUUUAUUAGGGGAAGGAGGGCGGAGGCGGAGGCCAGUUCCCUAGCUCCAGCCGCCGUCGCCGUCGCCUGUGCAGUUGCAGCCGCGGCCGUCUCCCGCCAGCUCGCUCCGGGGAAAGAGAACGUGCGCGAGCUCCGGCGUCCCCGCCCUAGCUUUUCCCGGAGCCAUGAAUCCCAACUGCGCCCGGUGCGGCAAGAUCGUGUACCCUACGGAGAAGGUGAACUGUCUGGAUAAGUUCUGGCAUAAAGCAUGCUUCCACUGCGAGACCUGCAAGAUGACACUCAACAUGAAGAACUACAAGGGCUAUGAGAAGAAGCCCUACUGCAACGCACACUACCCCAAGCAGUCCUUCACCAUGGUGGCCGACACCCCGGAAAACCUCCGCCUCAAGCAACAGAGUGAGCUCCAGAGUCAGGUGCGUUACAAGGAGGAGUUUGAGAAGAACAAGGGCAAAGGCUUCAGCGUGGUGGCAGACACACCCGAACUCCAGAGGAUCAAGAAGACCCAGGACCAGAUCAGUAACAUAAAAUACCACGAAGAGUUCGAGAAGAGCCGCAUGGGCCCCAGCGGGGGUGAGGGCCUGGAGCCGGAGCGCCGAGAUCCCCAGGACACUGGCUACCGGCGGCCCCAGGAGCAGCAGCCUCACCACAUCCCAACCAGCGCCCCAGUUUACCAGCAGCCCCAGCAGCAGCAGGCAGCCCAGUCCUACGGUGGCUACAAGGAGCCUGCAGCCCCGGUCUCCAUACAGCGCAGUGCCCCAGGCGGGGGCGGGAAGCGGUACCGCGCCGUGUACGACUACAGUGCCGCCGACGAGGACGAGGUCUCCUUCCAGGACGGGGACACCAUCGUCAACGUGCAGCAGAUCGACGACGGCUGGAUGUACGGGACCGUGGAGCGCACCGGCGACACGGGGAUGCUGCCGGCCAACUACGUGGAGGCCAUCUGAGCCCGCCGGGCGCCGCCCGCCCCAUCCGUCUUCAGUGCAUUCCGCAGCAUCGCAUCCGUCCUGGGCGUGACCUGUCCACCUUUUGGUGUCUCUGUUUUUUAAAAUCUGCAACAGCUUGUUUAUUCUCCCCCUCUUCCAGCUUCUUUUGCCAACCGAAGCCUUGUUCUGCCACUUUCGCGGCUCCUUCCUCUGGCAGGUUUUCCCCUUGACCAACUUCUUGAUUUUCUCUCUGGAUGGAACAGGUGUGGACCGCUCUGGGGGAAGCCGAGGCCCGUGGGGCUGGUCUGGGGGGGCGACCCGUCAGCUCCCAGGCCUCUGCCUUCUCUCUUUUCUGCCCCAUCAGCCGCUCCUGCCCACCUCCUCACACACCCAAACAUGCCAGGCUGGGGUGA